AUGAGUCUGUCUGUCGCUGACCAUCACUCUGCUGGAAAGGAGAUUGAGACUUGGGUGCAAGCUCUCGCUCACUACGACAAUAAUGAAUUCGAUGAGUCGUUGAAGGUAUUUGGUAACAUUGCCGAUACGUCCAAGAUUCUGUUCAAUUGCGGCGUCAUCCAUGCGACGUUGGGAGAACACGACAAAGCAGUGGAACGCUACCAACGUGCAAUCUCGCUGGACAACUACUUAGCCGUGGCCUACUUCCAAGAAGGCGUGUCGAAUUUCCUGCUCGGUGAUUUCGAAGAGGCACUGGCUAAUUUCAACGACACAUUGCUAUACCUGCGCGGAAACACGUCUAUCGAUUACGAACAAUUGGGGUUGAAGUUCCGGCUGUUCUCGUGCGAGGUUCUGUUCAAUCGGGGGUUGAGUUAUAUAUAUCUUCAGCAGAUGCAGCCGGGAAUGCAGGACUUGCAGUUUGCGAGUAAAGAGAAAGUCACGGCCGAUCACGACGUUAUUGAUGAGGCAAUUAGGGAGCAGGCGGAGGGGUAUACCGUCUUCUCAAUCCCAGUCGGCGUGAUAUACCGACCAAACGAAGCCAAAGUGAAAAACCUCAAAACUAAAGACUACCUUGGCAAGGCACGCCUGGUCGCAGCAUCUGAUCGCAACAACGCAUUCACGGGCUUCCAGGGCUCGGAAUUGAAAAAGGCGCUGGCUCUCGAGGCCACGGCCAAAGACGAUCGACCACCGGAGAGCAUUUCCUACGCCGCCACGAACCUGGUACAGAAGAACCUGUCUAGUCGUAGUCGACAGCAGUCCGAACCACCUUUAAACCGCAACACGUUUCCGCCUACACCGCCGCCAGAGUCGGAUAGGACUGCUGCAGGCGGCGGCCUUACGCAGCGCGCUGCAUCGGUCCGUUCCGGCCGUCCGCCUCGCCUCGAUUUGACCGCUGGUACCAACGGACGCACCGGCGGCGACAUGCCGUCCAUGGAGAAGACACGAAUUGGCACGACUCGCACCGCCUCGGAGCCUCGCGGUCCACAUUCACGACAGUAUUCACUCUCGUCGAGAGCGCGAGACGUCCGUCCGCGUCUAUAUCGAGAUAUGGCCGGUAGUCGCCGUAGCGAAUUCGACUUUGUCCCCGAAGAAGGAUACGAUGGCGAAGUGUUUGAUAUGUACCGCAACAGCUCCCGUUUGAGCGGAUUGGGAUUGAGAACUCGACCGCAGCAGCAGCAACAACAACAACAACCAAAGUAUAUCGACGAAGAGGCAGAAUACGCCAGCGACUACGAAGACGAAGCAGUAGACGAAUUCGAAAUGGUAGGCGAAGCUACUGCUACUGCUACUACUGCCUCAACAUCAAAUCGUAGACGCACUCAAUCCCGACGACCGGCGGAAAUUCGCCGAUUCCGUGUCAAAGUGCAUGCCCUCGAGGACACGCGGUAUAUCAUGAUUGAGGCGAAUACUGCGUUUGGCGAGUUUGAGGGCAAGAUUAGAGAGAAGUUUGGGUUUCGGGGAUUCUUGCGGAUACGCAUGCGCGAUGAUAAUGAUAUGAUUACGAUGGGGGAUCAGGAGGAUUUGGAUUUGUUGCUGGGCACGGCGAGGGAUGAGGCGAGGAGGGAGAAUCAGGAGAUGGGGAAGAUGGAGGCACGCGAUGCCAAGCCCGAGCUAGGUAAUGCGAAUGUUGUGAGUGACGUUGACAUUUUCGGCCUCAACGCGGAGACAUCAAUUGCUCUUUUUUCUCAGCGACAACCACGACACAAACGCAGUCUAAUGACGGACCUUACCUCGUCGGUCCACGACCUCCUGCGCGAGAAGCACAAUGUCCGUGCUCCAGCGACAGACGUGCCGCGAGGCGACCAGACGGUGAACGAGUUUCUGAAAGAAGCACAUCGAAUAAACACACACAUCCAAUCCCUCCUCCAAUACCUCAAAUCAACCCGCCAAUCCUACCUUGCCAUCAGCACAAGCAGCAGCAAAAAAGCCGCCGUAGCAGCAACAUCGACAACAGCAACACCACAUAACACCUCUAAUCUACCCACAAACACCAAAAAUCUCACAGACCAAGACCGCGACAACAUCGACUCCUCCACAGCCCUACUACUCCGCGACCUGUCAGCGAGCAUCUCAAACCUGCAAUCAGCCGAGACCCUGCGACAGGAGACCGAGUCGCGACUCCUACGCAAGAAAUACGGACGGCCCGAAGGCGUUUUGUGGCGGUGGGCCGCCGGCGGCGGCAGCAGUGGUAGUAACAAUGCAAACGACGACCGGAGCGCAGAGCAAAUAACAGCCGAAGAAUCAGCGAAUACGAUUCGAGCUGUGCGCGAGAGUAUACUAUGGUUUCUGAGAAGGGGGCUGGAGAAUGUGGCCGAGGUGCAGCGGGGCAUGGUCGAGAAGCGGAUUGAGCGGGCGCGCGAGAAGGAGAAGAGUGUUUUGUACAAAACCAAAGAGCAAGUAGCAGCACGCCGAAUAAGUGGCGAGCCGGGAACGAAGGAAGAGAAGCAGACGCAGAAAGCAUAUGAAUCGGCGACGAUGCUGUCGGCCGAAGAAGCGGCGGCUAUUGAAUCGCAGCUGUCGCCUGAGCAGUUGCAGUUAUUUGCUGAGGAGAAUGAUACCAUGAUACGGCAUUAUGAGGAUACAUUGAGCAAAGUCCAAAACGCCGAAAAAUCACUCCUCGAAAUCUCCUCCCUCCAACAAUCGCUCGUCAGCCACCUCUCCACCCAAGAAGAAUACAUCUCACAACUCGUCAGCGACGCAAGCACAACAUCCGAGAAUGUAGGAAAAGGGAACAAAGAGCUCAAACGCGCCAACGAGCGGAAGAGUACAGCGCAGAUGGUGUUUUGGGCUACGGCGGGGUUGUGUGCGUGGUUGGUUGUUUGGGAUGCUGUUUUCUAA